AUGCACAUCAAGCAGGUGUCCAUGUCGGGCUUCCGCAGCUUCCGGUCGCAGCCCGAGAUCGAGUCUUUCAGCCCCCGGCACAAUGUCAUCGUCGGUAGGAACGGGUCGGGCAAGUCCAACUUCUUCGAUGCUAUCCAGUUCGCGUUGCUCAACCAGAGGUUCUCGAACCUACGGCAGGAGGAGAGGCAGCUGCUGCUGCACGAGGGAGCCGGGGCGAAGCUCAUGAGCGCCUACGUCGAGAUCGUCUUCGACAACUCUGACGGCCGUUUAGCACAGGACGGCGACGAAGUGGUGUUGCGGCGCAACAUCGGGAUGAAGAAGGACGAGUUCUUCCUCAACCUCAAGCGCGUGACGAAGCAGGAGGUGGGUGGGAAGGAGGAGGAGUUUGACAGAGGGGUUAUCGGUGCGCUCAAGGUGUCAAGUCUCCUGGAAAGCGCAGGGUUUUCAAAGGCGAACCCGUACUACAUCGUGCAGCAGGGCAAGGUGUCGGCACUGACGCUAAUGAAGGAUGCCGAGAGACUUAACCUGCUCAAGGAGGUCGCGGGCACGAAGGUGUACGAGGAGCGCAGGCAGGAAUCCCUCAAGAUUAUGGACGAGCUCAACAACAAGUUCGAAAAGAUCCAGGAGGUCAUCAGCUUCAUCGAGGAACGUCUCGGGGAGCUCGAAGAAGAGAAGGAGGAGCUCGGCGCGUACCAGAAGCACGACAAGCAGAGGAGGGCCCUGGAGUUUGCCCUGUACGACAAGGAGCUUACCAAGGCGAGAGAGUCCCUCCAGGACAAAGACAGGGCCAUGGAAGAAACAGAGUACCGCAUCCGGGAGUUGCAGGAGAGGCUCCAACACGCGCGCUCGCAAGCGGGGUGA